UCGGUCUCUUUGCUUUACAUUUCAUACAGAGAUACUUCAAUUUGGACUGUUAAUGUUAAAAUGUCAGCCUAAAAUGUAUAAUUGCUCUUUGUUACAAUUAGGGAUAACAUUGUCUCAGACAAUAGGGAUAAUAUUCAGAUAUAUUCUAUUAUAUAUUUUAAGUAUAGAAUCAAGGCACUCAUUCAGGUGGGCACCUGUGCUAUUUACUUUUGGCAAAGCUUGUGCUUUGGUUGUGUAGUUUGUAUAAGGUUUAGAGUACCGCUUCACUUGCACGUGGAGGGGAAUUCAUUGUGCAAGAGCCAAUGCACUGUUGGAAUAUCGUACACUUUUGGAAUUUCACAUUUCGUACUGCACUGGAAAUGUGUUCCAUAGUAUAUAGAAAGAGCCAGCAGAGGAAACACAUGAGAGGUUUUGGCUCGUCUAAUGUGACAGAAGAAGCCUCCGAAACAGUCACAUUUGGUGUGUGGUUAUUUACCCCCUCACAAUGUGUGGGUGAAGGUAUGGUAGUGUGGUAGAGGUUCACUCCAGAGUCAAAAAUCACAUCAAUUGUCACCACAACAAUUGCCAAAUAUCACACUCAGUGCAAAAAUGAUAGAUUUAAUACACAAUCUUUUUUAUUACAACAUCUAUAACACAUGAUCUAGUUCAUAUUUGCACAGGACUAGUAUUACUAGAUCAUUCUAAUUAUUGCCCCAUGUAAUACUUUUUGUCAUUCAGUAUUUACCGUUAUGAUACAGAAGCCUGGAGGCUGUUCUAGGCUUGAUGAUAUUUCAACUUGAUGAGGGAUAGCCUAAUAUUGGCUUUCAGUUCAGAAAGAAGUCUAAAUAACAAUGCACUUCAAAGAAGAAGCAUAAACUGUAUGCAGUCAUUUAACCUCAAACUCUGACGCCCACUGGUGGCAUUACAUUUCAGUUUCAAAACUAUAAGUCCUACACAUGCUUAAUACUGUUAAAAUGGUAAGAACUGUGGGAUUCUGAUAAGGGAAACAAUGUGACUACUACAGAGCCUGAGCUGCAACCCUUGAAAUGUACAGUUUUAGUUUUUUGUCGGGGGGGUUUUUGUUGGGGAAUAACAGAUUUCAAAUUCUAGGUUUGAAAUAAAAUAUGUCACCAAUUACUGUUCCAAAAGGAUAAAACAAAGAUUCUGAUCUUUGACCUAAUGAUGACGCUCUAAACAUGCACAUAUUCUCAUAGGAACGCAGCCAUUUUAAAUGCACAAGGCGUGUGCCAUGUGUUUUCUUCUUACAUGAAUGAUAUACAUAGGAGGAAGCUGAAAUCUCUAUCUAUCUAUUGAUGUACAGUAAAUAUAACCCCUGUCUGAUUCCCAGUUCGUCCACUAGAUAGCAGUAGGUGAUCACAUGAUGUCUCUUGGCCACUUGAAACCAUUUGGAUUUUGGUUAGUGAGUCACUGUGCCAAAUGGCUAAAUGGAUUUUCAAACCUGACAUCUUAAAACGACCUUAGCAACCAGGGCUUUCAAGUUAUGGAGUAGAACUAAUUAAAAUAUGACACAGGCAGGUGAGGAAACUUCAAACGUAUUUUCCCAUUCACUUUUCCUAUUGUAAACCAUGAGCUAGAUCAACGGCACAUGUGGAGGACUCAUGCAAGGUAAUGUGGACGGAGAAGGAAAUGCAUUGCUUUACAAUGACCACCAGGGUGUACCAUUUCCAUGCUCUAUGAAUAUGACCAUAGCGCAUUAUUUAUGGUCUUUAUAGUCAAAUCAUACUGCAUUGCUAGCAGUAUGAUUUGAGUUGUGACAAGCUACAUCACAUUACACUUUAGCUUGAUGUAUUUAGCUAGUUACUGUAUUAUUCACCUUUCAUCUGUGGUAUCAUACCUAGCCUGGCUCGCUAGCAUUAUACAUUCAUGUUGUAAAACAAAAAGUAUCUACCAAACUCGCCGGACCUGGUACCUUGUCCAAAACAAACACUCAGAAUUUAACAGGUUUUAAUUCAGUGGCACUAUAGUCUGCCAAAUCUUGUUUUAAAACGGUUUUCAGAUCCCAGACAGGACCAUGCUACCUUUUUACAUGAAUCUAAAUGUCUGCUUGAUCAUAGGUUGUCUGUGUGAAGUCAUUGUUACCAUGGCAUGGAGUUCCAACAGCACCAAACUGGACAACACCACCUUGUCCCUGUUCCAGAACGUGACAGCCAGUACAGCAAUCUCCAUUGUCUACAUUGUGGUCACCAUCAUCAACCUGGUAGGAAACAGCCUCUCCAUGUGGCUCCUCCUCUUCCAUACGUCUCCCAAAACUCCCUCCAUCAUCUUCAUGAUCAACCUGACCCUGACUGACCUGACCUUGGGCCUCGUCCUGCCCUUCCAGAUCAUGUAUCAGAUGCAAGGGUAUAAUUGGAGCCUGGGCCCGGGCAUGUGCAGGCUCUUGACCCUGGUGUUCUUUGCCAACAUGUACUGCUCAAUUCUAACUAUGACCGCCAUCAGUGGAGACCGCUACCUGGGCAUCUGCCGGCCCAUGCUCUUCUGUGAGACCAGGGAAAGGAAGACAUUCGCUGUGAUUGUCUGCUUCGCCAUGUGGGCAGUCGUCCUAUUGGUCCUGUACCCACUCACUAAAACAGACCUGACGUUCCACGUUCCAGAACUCAGGAUUACCACCUGCUUCGACGUUCUGAAGAGGGACAUGCUUCCAUCCAUGGUGGCCUGGGCUGCCUUCCUCCUUGCACUGUUUGUCAUCCUCUUCCUCAUCCCGUUCUGCAUCACUGUUUUCUGCUACAUCAGCAUCAUCCGCAAGCUGGCCCGAGACUCCAAGACCAAACAGAAGGAUAAGGCUAUUGGUCUCGCGGUCACCGUCCUAACGGUCUUUACGCUCUGCUUCACUCCCAACAACAUCCUCCUCCUUGCUCACACCAUCCGGAGACUCUUCUACGGGGACUCCCUCUACAUGGCCUACAAGCUGACUCUCUCCCUCAGUUGCUUCAACAGCUGCCUGGACCCCUUCAUCUACUACUUUGCCUCUAGGGAGUUCCGGAAGAAGUUGAGGCAGAUGCUAAGGCUGAGAACACCGAGCAGUCUGGACACGGGGAAGACAGACCUGCACAGAGAGAGCCUGUACUCCGCCCAGUAUGUGUCUGAGGGACAGGGUAGAGAGAACGGCAGAGUGUCUGUUAAACAACACUGUUAAAAAACAGAGAGAGGGCCUCCAGAGUGGUGCAGCGGUCCAAGGCACUGCAUUGCAGUGUUAGAGGCAUCAUUACAGACCCGGGUUCUGUCGCAGCCGGCCGUGACCGGGAGACACAUGAGGUGGCGCACAAUUGGCCAAGUGUCGUCCAGGUUAGGGGAGGGUUUGGCCGGCCGGGAUGUCUUUGUCCCAUUACACUCUAGCGACUUGUGGUGGGCCAGGCGCAUGCACGUUCCUCUGACAGAUUGGUGCAGCUGGCUUCCGGGUUAAGCGAGCAGUGUGUCAAGAAACAGUGUGGCUUUGCAGGGUUGUGUUUCAGAGGACGAAUGAGUCUUGACCUUAACCUUUCCCGAGUCCGCAUGGGAGUUGCAGUAGGACUAGACUGUAACUACAAAUUGGGGAGAAAAGGGGGUAAAAAUUACAACAACAAAAACUGAGAAACAUUCCUGUUCAGAUAAUUUCACAGGAAUGUUUUUGUGUGCUGUAUAUAGAUCCAGUAACAAACCAGGCUAGAUGGUGCAUCAAAAAGUUAGUAAAAUAGGGUAAUUUAUUUUGUGAAGGACUGUUGCAACUUGGAUAAAGAUAUCAAUGAGAUGUGUGUGGCUAAGUGAAAGAUAGGCUCCUUUUACCGCAAAUGUGAUCUCUGCCUCCUGCCAAUUCGGGCGGAUUCAUUGUUUCAUUGUGUGAAUUAUUAAACCUACCUACUGGGGUAAUUUCAACUAAAUUACAUUGAACCAAUGUGGAAUAGACAAUGAAUUGAUUUCUCUGCCCAGUGGGUACCUUUGUUAAAUGUUUAUCCAUUCCCCACUAAUUAUAUCACCAGUAAUGAAUUUAAUGUUAAUCUCCGUCAUCUAGAAUGUUAGGGUGUUUAAAUCACAAAAUUCUAUUCAUUCAUGAAAUAAAUAUUAAUUUACCAUUCUCA